AUGGGUGUCCUUGAUCUCUUUGGCAAGAACAAAUCCGCUAAGCCACCUAGAAGAAUAUCUAUUCCUACCAAGUCGAUGGCCACAAUCGCUCUAAAACCACUAGCAGGAAACAUCACCCUUAUAUCCGAGUCCAGAACCAAGAGAUCCGUUAACAAAAAUGAUACCUCUCUUUCUAAUUAUUCUAAGGCUUCAACCCGAAAGAAAUUCAAUGUUGGUGGUGUCUUCAUAGGUGCCAGAAGUGUAAUGUGGUUAGGGUUUGGAAGCAUGAGGUUGUUUUCAAAACUUCUGGCAAGUUUAGUCAUUGACCGGGGAAAAAUCUACUUCACUCUAUAA